UAAGUGCCAUGGGUGAGUGGCUGCAGGAUAGUGGUAAAAUAAGUUAUCUUAUACACACAAGAAGUUAAAAAAAAUAGAAAGAGAAAGAAAGAUAGAAAAAAGGAAGACAGAAGAGCUGUGUGUAAUAUUUCUAACACUUAAGCCUCUGGAAGACUCCCAGAGGAGACAACAGAAGAAUCAACUCUCUCCGCCUCCCUCUUCUCUCCAUUUACUCUCCUCCUCUGCCUUACCCAGCACUCACAGCCAUCCAUGAGUGUGACCAACUCCUCCGCCUAUCGAUCGGAGCGUAGUUUCCACCAGACUUCAUCCUCAUCCUCGUCCUCUGGUAACCCAUACAUGGAGAAAAGCCGGGGACUGUUCGCUGAGGACUUUGGCUCCUUCAUGAGGCCUGGGAGCGACGCCUUGGGGUUUUCCAGUGGGGCUGGAAAUAUUAAAACUCUUGGGGACUCGUACCAGUUUACAGUUGACGUGCGAGACUUCUCCCCUGAAGAUGUCAUCGUCACCACGUCCAACAACCAGAUAGAAGUUCGUGCUGAAAAGCUGGCUCAGGAUGGUUCGGUAAUGAACACAUUCACCCACAAGUGCCAGCUACCUGAGGAUGUGGACCCCACCUCAGUGACAUCAUCACUGGGUGCCGAGGGGACCCUAACAGUCCGGGCACGGCGGCACCCGGCCAAACACGAGCUCGCACAGACCUUCCGCACCGAGAUCAAGAUCUAGAGAGUGACGACUUUCCAAUGACAAACCCCCGACUUCUUGUGCUUUUUUAAUGCUACUUCCUCAAUUUCCUGUCUUCACUGAAACCAUUCUACAUUUAAUACUCAGAGUCGACAUUGUGCUUCACAAAACAUGCCUUACCUCCCUCCAUGACCGCAACAAAGCCUGUUGCUGCUCAUAUAUAUUCUGAGUUAGUUCACCAUACACAGCAGCAAACUGAGACAUAGGGAUUUGGACAUGUACAACAUUUGCACAAGGACACACACACACAUGGACAGAGUUUUUCCUAUUAUUAGAACGUGCCCUAAUCUGUAUUACUAUGGUAUCUUACAGAGACUGUUGAAUUAUAGGUUGUUUGUUACUUUAAUGUUGCUAGGCUUGUAAAUGUUUAUUAUAAAAGUCCAUUUAUAAUGAGUCUUUCAGAGUUAGUCAGCUCUCAGAGUGUUUGAUUAAUCUUUCUGAAAGCUGGUGUAAUAUGUUUUGCUACCAUGGAGAAAAUCAUAUGAGGAACGACAACCCCCCACCCCACAAGACCCUAAGCCCUCCAGAAACCUAGGGAAAACCCUGCAUGCACAUACACACGCUGCCAUUAACUGAUCAGUUCACUACUUCACUCCUGUUCUCUAACACAGUGAUAAAACUUAAUCCUCAAUUUUGAAUUUGAUGGUUGCUCAUUAAUAAUAAUUUAUUGUAUAUUAUUAUUUGUGUGAAUAAAAUACUCCUUCUUUGACAGUAAACAUCCUGAUCUGUGUGAACAUUUUAAUUCCUGUUUGGCCAGAGAGCUGUAUCAAAAAAUAUAUAUAAACAAAAUGAGAACAAAAUGUAAAUGGCUAAAAUGAAACUAAUAAAAACAUGAUUAGAAAUUCUCUCUAAUUUUCCUGGUUAUAACCCUGUCUCCUCAGUGACAGAACAAGAAGCAGAGCCUGACAGAAGCCUUCACUCAUUUUACAUGCUGAUGAAUUAAGUAUGAUUGUGACAGCAGUGUUUUCUUCACCAUACAACCAGAUCAAAAAUAAAGAAUAAGGGAAAUAGAAGAUGUGAGCACACGGCAAACUCUUUCAAAAUCAAUAGUGACAGUAUUAUUCAGUCACCGUGCAGCAGACUGAAGGUGCUUCUAUUUAGUCUUUUGUGUGUGGAGGCAUUUAUGAAGCAUCUGUCCUGCUUUCAUGGGAACACAUUAUCAAAGGCACUAUUCAAGCAAAAUAAUGUAGAGGCCACUGUUAUGUGGCUAUAAUUUACUGAAUAAUUUACAGUCAUGCUGUGGCCUUUGUAUUUUGGUGUGAUUC